ACAGAGUCCAGACCUUGACUAGGAUAUCUACUUUAAAGGCAGUGGCUGCUUGCGGUCGCAACAUACUCGAUAAUCAUACCAUAUUUCUAGUGAAGAGCCGACCCAUUGUCGAGCAGCUUUCAACAUGUCGAAUCUUCCUCCUCCAUCACUUGACGGCGUGCUCACAGUUAGUGCAUCGUCCGUGAUCAACGCACCUCUUAGCGGACUGUGGGAGAUCCUUCUCGACUUUCCAUCGUACCACGAGUGGAAUACGUUCGUCCAUGUCCAGAAAGUUGUGGAUGCAUCUGGGAAUCCUCUUCCAGACCAGACGCCUCGGGAAGGCCAGUAUAUUCUCAUGGAAGUGUACAUACCUCCUACACCCGACAUGAACCGAUCGCCUACCUCUCGUCCGCUUGAAAUGAUCAUCGCGAUAGACCAUGAGACUCACCGUCUUGCAUGGAAGAACCUCAUGCCACAAUGGUUCCUGCGUGCUGUGCGAUGGCAGGCACUCAGCGUCAUUGAAGGCGGCAAGACGCUGUACGAGACGAGAGAGGUGAUGUCAGGGCCAGGAGCGUAUCUUGUCCGCAUGCUUAUGAGCAGCGGGCUGCAGAAGGGAUUCGAAGCCGUCGCCGAAGGAUUGAAGAAGAAAGCAGAGGAAGUGCAGACGUAGGUGUCACGCCGUACUGAGAUUCUUUACCAUUCUCGUUGUAUAUCACGUCUCCCUUCUCGUUCUUGUCGAACUUUUCCGAGAAGCUUUCGACCUGACAUGCCAGCUUUAUGUAAAACCACAGAUACUUCGUUUCCGCGCCGGUCUACCCAGCAGAUGUCUCAUCACGUCGUCUACAUCAUGAUCCCAGCCAUAACUAGUCUUCUUCAUAUCCCAUUCUGGUCUGGGUUUGGACAUACAUAUGCUGGCGGUGUUCAGGACAAACAUUCACGCAUACAGCUUGUGCGUCGAUAGUUGGUUUCCUACAUAGCUAGCUAUGUUUGAUUCAAUCCGGUGCUUUCUCUCUUCCUGCGCAACAUGACCUUUCCUGUG